GCAAAAAAGAAAACAACUCAGCAAGCACAGGCCAAGUUAAUCAAAGCAACGAUAAUAUGACUUCAGAUUUAAUAACUGAUGGUGAAUAUUGUGAUGAACCCCAAAUCAGUAAUAAUGAUUCUUCGCUUGAAUCGGAUUCUUCAUCUGAAUCAAACACCAGCACACCAAAAUCAUCCUUCUCGGAAAACUUUUCUGACAGUAAUAGUUUAAAAACGAUAUCCUCAUCAAGUAGUGAUUCGGAUGUUCUAUAG